AUGGGUCUCACAGGAAAACCGUAUCUUGUCAUCGGAGAUUCAAAACAUCGACUCUCACCGCUCGCCUGGGGCCACGCCAACUGUGCUUACUCCGCCAAAUACGAUUAUCUCCAACACCAGACAGCCGCUAUCGCCUUCAUCGCACUCUCGUAUCCGGAAUAYGCUGAACGCGACAUAGUCCAAACGCGUGAUCCUAAUUGGAGCGAAGAAACCCACCACCCCUUCAAAGAAUGUAAUCAGCGGAUCAAACGCCUCGAGGAAGACGCCUUGAAGAUUGCUUCCAAGUCAGAGUGUGAUGUUCAUCUCUCUCGGAUGGAAAACUCUAAAAUCCUUACGCACCCCAUCGACAGGGAAGAUCUGCCGAUCGAUGACCACAAUUUCGGGUACUGCAUCCGCCAGCAAAUCAACCACUAUCAAUUCGGACACGUAAAUCGAAAGCAGGCAGUGAGUAUAUUGAUCGAGGAAGCGAAGCACCAUCUCAGACUCUACCACGCGGAGAUCAGAGAACUUAUCCACGAGGCCAGAAAGGCUCAUUCGAGGAAGUGGGUUGACCAAGUUCUCUUGGAGUUGAACUUGACCAAGGAUGAAGCUUGUAACAUUCAUCUUGGGAAAGUACAGCAGGCCAAGACUGUGGCUUAUGGCUUCCACGAGAGAAUCUCUCCAUUCGGCAACCAGAGGAUGGUGAGGGGGAAAUUUAGGAAGCCUUUGAGGACGGCGUUGGUGACUGCGGCUGUUUUCACGAUGUUUACUGGGAUGGCGUAUGUUUUGUGGAGUUAUUAA